UAUAGGUAUAUACAAUAUGUAAUGCAAAAGUGAAUAAACAGUAUGAUAUGAUGAAGCGAUAGGGCUUAUGAAGUGAAGGUUUAGUUUUUUACUUUAUACCGAUGGGCACACAAUCGACCACACGCACUCACACAGCACUAUGAAUGACAGUUCUUUCUUACACCGUGGUUACGGGAUCCCGCAAAAAGGCCCGCGUAAUUUAGUACCAACAAUGUACAAGCGGAGCGCUCAAGUAGAAAAUCUCCAAUUCUUCACACUUGCAUAGCACGAAACUACCAAAGAAUAUUAUUCUAUAGAGCGGAGAUAUCAUAAGCUGAGAUUCCUUACUCCACCGCAGGCGGCGCUGCAGUCGGAAAUCUUCGCAUCUUACAAUAAUACAAUAUAAAUUUCAAUAUUUAUCAAAUAAUAUUAUUAAUUAUACAUAUUUGAGUACUUUCGAUAUUGUCAUACAUUUGUAAAUAUGGACUGAAUCACAAGAGAAGUUUACAAUCCAUUAAUGGAAACGUGACUUCUUUCUCAUUAAGAAACGGCGGGAAAAAUGGCUAAAGCUACAUGGGCAGGAAAUGUACCGCAUAUCAAUAACGUACUGGCAGUUGCUAGCAGUGACUGACAGUGAAACCAGCAAUAACAUUAGUUAAGUUGAUUGAUGAUAUUAUUAAAAGUAUUAUUUUCUUUAAUUUGUUUGUGUGAUAAACAAAGAUAAAUUUAUAUAAUCUCAAACAACGAAGUUAUUUAAAAUGGAUAACGACAGUGACUCCGACGUAGGUGAUGUUUUGAAUGAUCUUUUAGCUAAUGAUGAUGUAGAAGAAAACCAUGAAUUACCAUCUAAAAGAACCCUAAAGGAAUUAGAUUUCAAUUUUUUAGACGAUUUACCUAAAGUAGAUGAUGAAACCGAACAAGUUAAUGACAAAAACAAGAGUGAAGUUUACGAUGACAACCUUGAUUCUUCAGAUGAUGAAGAUAGGCGUCAUUUAGAAGAACAAAAAUAUACAAAUUAUGGUCGUGAUAUAAAAUCUUUAUUAAAGAAGGAUGGAUCUAAAAAAACUGAAUACACAUCUCUACCUUGUGAAAGAAGUAGCAAAACAUUUAAUUUUAGUGCUACAACACAGACUACAAAUGUAAAUACAAUUAAUAAUAGUCCUGUUACAUCAAAAGAUAUAUACAGUGAUCCAUUCUUUGGAUUAAGAAUUGUUAGUCCAAUAGUUUCUUCCACAGAGUUAAAGGCACGUAUGAAUGGUAAAAUGGCAGUACCGGUUUCAAAAAUUAAAUAUCAUAUUAAUACAGAAAAAUUAGAUAACGACUGGGUAAUAGCAGGAGUAUUGAUAAAUAAAUCUCCUACAAGGACUUCUCAAAAAGGAAGUGCGUAUUGUAUAUGGAAAAUAAGUGAUUUAUCAGAUAACAUAAAUACAAUAUGCCUUUUCAUGUUCAGUGGUGCAUAUAAAAUGUUUUGGAAAACUACUAUCGGAACUAUAAUAGGUAUUCUUAAUCCUAAUGUUUUAGAAUCUAAAGAUAAUACAGAUUUAGCCACAUUGUCUGUUAGUAAUGCUCAAAAAGUUAUGAUUCUUGGUAAAUCUAAAGAUAUGGGAAAAUGUAAAUCAAAAAAAAAAAAUGGUGAACCAUGUAAUGCUAUCAUAAAUGUUAGUCGCUGUGAGUUUUGUAUAUAUCAUGUUCAACAAGAAUAUAAGAAGUGCUCUCAAAGAUCAGAGCUUCAAUCAUUUAGCAACACGCAGAAAUUUUCAAUAGAUAUGCUAAAGAAUAAAACUCAACAACGAAAACCACUUAAUAGUAAUUUCCCAGAAUUUAAUGCUAUUGUUGCUGUAAAAAAUAAACAAUUAGAGGCAAAAGAUGCCAAACGUUUAGCAUUACUUUCAGGUAGCCAGAAGACUGAAAAUUCAACUAGUGCAAAACUAAUAAACAGUGAAAACUGUAAAACAGCAAAUUCACCUGAACAACAAAUAAAACAGAACUUUAAACAGAUAAGUCAAUCAAGGGGCUGGAAAGCUGCUGUUCUAUCACAAUCAUCUUCUAAUGAAAAAGAUGAACCCAUAUCAUCUGCACUAUUGAAAUCAUAUGCCUGUAAACAAAAGAAUGUAGUGAAAAAAGAUUUAAACAUACUUUCUUCUUCGCUUUCAAAUCCUCGUUUAGGCGUUGGUUGCGUUGGAGGAACCAUAGAUUUAUCAACACCAAUAACUAGAAGACAAGUCUACUCUGUUAAAAGUAAUGCUAUUAAAUGGGUACAAGAAAAUGGUAAAAUUAAACCUAAAGAUCCUAAUAAAGUACGAUUGAGUAAAGAAGAAAAGAUUGAGAAAGGUAAAAAGCGACCUAGGGAAUCGGAUGUCUGUGAAGAACAAGUAAUGAAAAAACUAAAUACGAUAUCAGAUAAAUUUAAAGAAAUGUUGGAAGCCAAAUCUGCUCAUGCCGACCUUAUUGAAAAGUCUUAUGAGCAGGAGAAGGAAAAAUAUUUCAAUAAGUUAGAAAUAACAGAAAGAAUGGAGCAAAAAAUGUUGACUACUUAUAAGAUUUCUUGUAAAGCUGUUAGAUGUUUAGUUUGUAAAUAUACAUCAUUUUCUGCUUCUGACAUGUGCAAAGAGCAGAAACAUCCAUUGCGAGUUACAGAUGCGACGAAAAGAUUCUUUAAAUGCAGAGAUUGUGGAAAUAGAACAGUAAGUUUAGAUAGAAUACCUUCGCAUAGUUGUAUAAAAUGCAGCAGUUCAAAUUGGACAAGAGCUGCAAUGAUGGAUGAAAGAAAAACAAAUAUCAAUGUAAUUCCAUUAUCUAUUCGCGGAGAUGAAGAAUCCCAUAUAGGAUCAAUCAUUAAAGAUGCCAGUCUUAAUCUCUUAGUACCAGAUACAAACAACAAAUAAAAUAAUAUUGUAUUAAAUUGUACAUAAUACAUAGUUAAUUGAAAUUUUUAAACUAUAAUAAAUAGUGAUUUUUUAAAUA